CAGGCUUGGUGCUAUGCCUGGUGUGCCAGGCAUCUGCCCCACAAGUGUUGGCCUCUGCUGGAAGUAGAAGACUGGGACUUGAGGACGGGUAGGGCAGGCGAGGAAGGUUCAAGAAAGCAGGGAGGCACCACUCCCUCAGUGCCAGCAGUACUAUCAGGCUGAGGGGUGGACACCUCCUGAUGGGAUGGCAUAUCCUCAAGGUCUAGUAGCUUCUUUCUCCCUCACCCCCUGGGUGCAACCCCCUCCCUCCCCCGACUCUGUAGCCCGUGCCCUGCAUUAACCUCACACUUCUCUCUGUCUUUUGUUGAAGGUGCUGGGCUUUGAAUGAGAACAUGGCCUACUGGUGGAUUAUCCGCAUCCCCAUCCUGCUGGCAUCCCUGAUUAAUCUGCUGCUCUUCAUGAGGAUUCUCAAGGUGAUCCUGGCUAAGCUGAGGGCAAACCAGAAGGGCUAUGCUGACUACAAGCUCAGGUUGGCCAAGGCCACGCUGACCCUCAUCCCGCUCUUUGGGAUCCACGAGGUCAUCUUUAUCUUUGCCACAGAUGAGCAAACUACGGGGAUCCUGCGCUACAUCAAGGUCUUCUUCACACUCUUCCUCAACUCUUUCCAGGGUUUCCUGGUUGCUGUAUUGUACUGUUUUGCCAACAAAGAGGUGAAGUCUGAAAUGAAGAAGAAAUGGCAGCUCUGGAAGUUAGACCACCCCAUGCUCUUCUGCACACAGUGAUGACACUGGCACAGCGCCCAGCUCACUGCCUGAAACCCAGGAGAGAGCCAUGAGGAUCCCAAUUAUUAGAGGGGCAGACCAAGCCAGGACCUGCCCCUGCACCUAUUACCGCAUGGUAGCUGGUACCACACCUCUGCUCUGCUCGUGCCCAACUGCACCGGGGAUAGCAGAUGCUGUGCAGUAGGGAGGAUGACUUGGAGCACUAGCCAGGCAUGAGGAGUGCUGUUACUGGUUGUGCUGGUAGUAGGGCAAAGCAACUGUUUCCAAAGCACAGCUGCACCUGACAGCCUUGCAUACUGGCAAAGAGACUGCACUAGCUGUGGUAUGGGGGACACUGGGAUCCUUCAACACUGAGCCCCCUCCACUGUAGCUGAACAGCAAAUUCUGAGGCACAGUUGAGCAGAGAUAGACUCUGUGCUUUGAAAGACACAUAGCCAUGGCUGUAUUUUCUGGAGACACAGGAGGCUCAUAGAGAGAACUCCUUUGCGGUUUAGUGCAUAGCAGGACACUGAAGGCCCAAGGCGGGUGGGUGGACAGUAGGGCUGUGCGAAACGGCA